UCCUCCUUCAUGGACCUCACCCUUUUUUUUUGACCAAUUUUCUCAAGUCUCAACUUGACACUUAAAGUGUACGGUACUACCGGCCAUUGUUGCGAAAUAUAAUAAAUAGGAAAUGUAUGCUGGACGGCACCGUUAAACUGCUGCCAUAAGCAAGAAGAUAAACAUUAGCUUUAGUAAAGUUAAGCUAGCAUGGACAACGACAACCUGGAGAUGGAGUGUCUGUCUGACGCCGAGGAGCCGGAGGGAGAAGCUGCCUUGGACAUGAUAGAAGAAGAAGUCGUUUACUUUGAGGAGUUUCUACCAACGUAUCACAGUAUUAGAGAAGGAGCAACAGUAGCUAAAGCACAGCUGGCCGAGUUCAACGACAAGCCCGAUUCGUUGUUCUUCAAUGACGGCGUCCGACGCAUCGACUUCAUCCUGGUCUACGACGAUGAGAACAAGAAGGACUUUGACAAGAGGCACACGUUUGCACGCCGCAAGAGACGGCGGGAAUACUUUGAGGCCAGCUUGAUGAAAAUGGGAAUGGAGUUGGAGGCAACACCAUCUGUGGUGAACGACAGCCUGGUCUUCGUCAAGGUGCACAUGCCGUGGGACACGCUCUGCACCUACGCUGAGGUGCUGCAUAUCCAGCUCCCCAUUCAGCCCAACGAUCUGUCCUCUUACCGAUCGCCAUGGCGAUGUCUGUCCUUCAUCACCAAGUAUUUCUACCCCGACAAGAAGGUCAUCACCACGGAGGCCGAGUUCUUCACUGCCCCCUUUGAGAAAGACCGCCUGGAGUACUUCUACAUAAAGGACAAGGACGUCUUCUUCUCUUCAUCCAUGAGGAGCCGGAUGGCGUAUUACAUACUGAGCCGAGCCCCCUAUGAGAUACGAGGGAGCGUAAAGAAGUUUGGCAUCAGAAAACUGUUGGACAGCGACGUGUACAAAGCUGCCUACCCGCUCCAUGAUUGCAGGUUCAACGUCAAGUCCCAAGAAGAUGGCUGCCCUAACGAUAGAUUCCGGCUAUACAGAGAAUGGGCUCAUCCUAGAAGCUUCUAUAAGAUGCAGCCUCUCAAUCUCAUAAGGAAGUAUUACGGUGAGAAGAUCGGCAUUUACUUUGCUUGGUUGGGCUUCUACACCAUCAUGCUGGCUCUGGCUGCUGUUGUAGGGCUGGCUUGCUUCAUAUAUGGAUACAAAACACAGGAAACCAGCACUUGGAGCAAAGAGGUGUGUGACCCGGAAAUCGGAGGCCAAAUAGUCAUGUGCCCGCAGUGCGACCAGGAGUGCAAAUACUGGCGUUUAAACAGCACCUGUGAAGCAUCAAAGAAACUGUGCAUAUUUGACAACUUUGGCACUCUGGUUUUUGCAGUUUUCAUGUCAAUCUGGGUAACACUAUUCCUGGAAUUUUGGAAGCGCUACCAGGCUGAGCUGGAGUACCAGUGGGACACUGUGGAGUUCCUGGAGCAGCAGGAGACAGCCCGACCUGAAUAUGAAGCCAAGUGUAUCUACGAGAGGAAAAACCCGGUCACGGGGGUGAAAGAAAAAGUGCCUUACACAACCUGCGGACGAUGCGUUCGGGUGUCAAUAGGAAUAGGGACCGUGUUAUUCUGGAUCUUGCUGAUUGUGGCCUCCAUCGUGGCCAUCACCGUGUACCGCUUGGCCGCCUUCUUUGCCUUCUCGGCCAGGCUGAGAGCUCAGGACCUGAAGGAGCUGGAGCCUCUCAAGGAGUAUGUGACGCCGCAGAUGGCCACCUCGGUUACGGCCUCCCUCAUCAGCUUCGUGGUCAUCAUGAUCCUCAACAUGCUUUACGAGAGGGUGGCCAUCUGGAUCACCAACUUUGAGCUGCCAAGGACCAAGACGGACUACGAGAACAGUCUGACCCUCAAGAUGUUCCUUUUUCAGUUUGUCAACUAUUACUCUUCUUGUUUCUACAUCGCCUUCGCCAAAGGGAAAGUGGUCGGCUAUCCAGGACAACCCGUUUACCUCUUGGGAAAAUACCGCAACGAGGAGUGUGAUCCUGGUGGUUGUUUGAUUGAACUGACCACGCAACUGUCCAUCAUCAUGGGCGGAAAAGCCAUCUGGAACAACAUCCAAGAAGUUCUCUUACCGUGGGUGAAAAACUUGAUUUUACGCUAUUGCAGGGGCACAGCGUCACAGAAAGUGAUUCCUCGUUGGGAGCAAGACUACCAACUGCAACCCAUGUCCAAUCUGGGACUCUUCUAUGAAUAUCUGGAAAUGGUCAUCCAGUUUGGCUUCGUCACCCUCUUUGUGGCCUCCUUCCCUCUGGCUCCGGUCCUGGCGCUCGUCAACAACCUGUUUGAAAUCCGUGUGGACGCCUGGAAAAUCACCACGCAGUUCCGCCGUAUCGUUCCCGAGAAGGCUCAAGACAUCGGUGCCUGGCAGCCCAUCCUUCAAGGCGUCGCCAUUUUGGCCGUCGCCACCAACGCCAUGAUCAUCGCCUUUACCUCGGAUAUGAUCCCACGCUUGGUGUACUACUGGUCCUUCUCCGUGUAUCCCUAUGGAGAGUACCCUUCUCACACCAUGCAGGGCUACAUCCACAGUUCCUUGUCCGUUUUCAACGUCAGCCAUUUUUCCAACUACAGCAGGCCGCUAAGCACGCCAUACAACAUCACCACCUGCAGGUAUCGAGAUUUUCGAUACCCCCCAGGGCACCCUAAGGAGUACGAGCACAAUAUCUACUACUGGCAUGUGAUCGCUGCCAAAAUGGCGUUCAUCAUUGUUGUGGAGCACAUUGUUUACCUGACCAAGUUUAUCCUGUCCUACGUCAUCCCUGACAUCCCGUACGCUGUCAGAGAGCAAAUCAAACGAGAGAAGUACUUGACCCAGGUCAUCCUCCACGAAACCAACCUCAAGCUGGUCACCAAACGCCUGAAGCGGCCGAAGCUUUCAACGGAGGACACUGAGCUUGAUUUCGAUUUGUAGAAAACACACAAACAGAAUCAGAAUUAGAUGGACAAUAAGGAGACACAUUGAUUAUAUGCAGCAAUGUUCUGCUGACUGUGCAGAAGCUGUCAGAACAAUCACAAGUUACAGUCAGCAUACAUCAUGAAGUUAGAAUCAGAGUUACUGGUGAAAUGCUGACAUUCUUCAGUAUUAUUUAAUGCACACAAUGCAAACAUUGAGAUUUUAAAAGACAAGCUAAGAAUAUUGUGCCUAAUAUUUUAAGGUUAGACCCUAGUGUAUUAUAUCUGUUUACAGCUACAUAGUUCAUGUUCAUUCAGCUACUAAGCCAAACUUUCUCUUGUCUGUGUGACUCUUUUUUUCUACAAUUAAUCGUCCUGGUCUUUGUUUAUAUGAUCAGUUAAAACUACUCAUUUAUCAGACUGCACUUUUUUUAUGAGCAGGGCGCAGAAUGUGCACUGCACUGCACAUUACUUUGACUGCAUGUUGGAUGUUGUGUGUAUAUAUAUGUUGAAAUCACACCUCUGCUGUAUUAUUACCACUAUAAACAGCAUCCGUCUACUUUUAUACAGACAAAUUAAAACA